AUGCAAUUAUCUUUUAUGGGCUUUGAGGCCGCUUUCUAUUCUUCUCAUCGAGGCCGUCUUCUCAUCAGCACUAUUUGUUUGAUAACUGAAGAAGGAAGUGGCAGCAUCCGUCUGUUCAACUUUGCCAUUGAUAACAUCAUGCGAAGAAUAGUCGAUCAGUGCCCUGCUGACAUCAUCAUAGCACCUACCUACCUAUCCGAAAAUCACGUCAAUUCGCAAGCCUACUUAUUUGCAGUUCGCCCCAUCAUGAUGGUAUGCCCCAGUCAAGAUCUUCACAAGGAAUUCGAUGUGAUGUACCGGCGGAUGAUACGUGGAAGGUACCAACAUUUUGCACCACCAUCGAAAAUGGCUACAGAAAAUCGUCUUAGUUUCUUUGGUUAUAUAAUGAGGAGACCGGGAGAUCGCCUCGUUCAACGAGUCCAGAGGAGUCGUCUUCAGUCUGGAAAAGGCCACUUGGACGAAAACGGGAGUUUUGGACUGAGGCGGAUAAAGACGAAUAGGAAUAGCGACGAAUGGAUUGAUUCUGUACAAGCUCUCGCACAAGAUCAAGAUGAUUGGGCAAAGUCAUGCCGUGAAGCAGCUGCCGAGCGUGCCGCAGGAUCCCUCUUUUCCAUCUCAGCAACAAAAGUGCAUUUGAAAGCGACUGUUGAUGGUUGUGGUACGUGGUGGUCUGCUGCGUUAACAAGUCUAGCUAAUGAGGCGCUGACGAAGGCGAUAACGCCGAAACGUUAG